UUUAGCUGGUGGCUCGAGGCUCGCUCUGGCUAUCGACUAGUCUUUCCGGAUACUAGCAACACUCGUUAUGGCUCCUACGGUGAUGGCGCAGGAUUCUGUUUGUGGAAACGGCACACAAUCUCGACGGUACUUGAUGAGCUGCGGGACACCAAGGGCAGCCGUACAUUCACGAACCUGGAGAAGAAUGUUUACUACGCACUUCAGGAUGUUCCGACA